AUGGGACAUUACAGCUAUACGCAGCCAUCAGAUGACGAGGAUUUAUUUGGAAACAAUGACGACAGUGACUACAGCGAGACGGAUGAUCUCAUACGACAUGACCAAGCUGGGUUAAGCUUGGAACGUAGUUCACAAGUUCACUACCCUCCGCAACCGGAGGUUGACUUUGGUUUCCCGCAGGUUUGCUAUUGUGGUGCUAAGCCACUGCUUGCAACUUCUAACACUAGGCAAGAUCAAGGGAGAAGAUAUUACACUUGUGCGAAGAAAGACGACGGUGAAUGCCAUGUCUACAAAUGGUUGGAUGAGGCGCUGAUGGAGGAGAUGAGAGCCAGAGAUAUACACGUGCUUCAGCUGGGUGAAAAGGUAGAAAGCCUAACCCUUUUGACUGACUAUGACACAGAGCAGAAGAUACGAAACCUAGAGAAGAUUGUGGGUGAUAUGGCUAAGGAGAAAUCUUCUUUUAGUUAUGGGUUUGAGUGCUUUGUAAUAGGUAUAGUUGUUCUUGUUGUUGUAAUAGGCUUGGAGGUUAUGUUUGGAUAA